UUUCCUUCUAAAACCAAUAAUAGUAGUAAUAGUAGUAAAAAAUUCAAUAUAUAGUGGUCCCCUUUAACCCAGUAAGCUGUCAGUGGAUUUGCUGCAGAGAACAAGGAGGGAAGGCACAGGAGGCGCGUCACACGGUGAUAGUGAAGGCACACGAAGACAGCCUGGGACUGCUGCUUAAACACACAGACACACUGUACAGUACAUACACACGUACAGUACAUACAAAAAUACAAAAGAUGGCAGUUUUACCUGGUAGUUAUGUGAUACCUUUGCUUGGCGUGAGCAUCGUCAUUGCUGCCUUGACCUAUAUCACCUACAAGAUGCUCAGCGAUUACCUGCACAAGUGGUUUGAGAUGAAGCCUAUUCCAGAGGUAGAGGGAACGUAUCUCUUCGUUGGAGCUGCGCUACAGUUCAAAACCAAUGCAGGAGAUUUCUUUCGGCAAAUUGAGGAUUUUUCCAAUGAGUAUCGUGACGCACCGCUGUUUAAACUCUGGGUUGGAACACUCCCAUUUGUGGUCCUGUUUCAUGCUGAAACUGUUGAGACGAUUCUGACCAACCCUGUUCAUAUGGAAAAAGGCUAUUCAUACAACUUCCUCCACCCUUGGCUUGGGACUGGCCUUCUGACCAGCACAGGGCUUAAGUGGCGUCAGCGGAGAAAGAUGUUGACUCCCACUUUCCAUUUCUCCAUCCUGACGGACUUCCUGGAAGUUAUGAACGAACAGGCCGAGAUCCUGGUGGGGAAGCUGGAGAAGAAGGCAGGAAAGGGUCCAUUCAACUGCUUCAGUGACAUGACCUUGUGUGCCCUGGACAUUAUCUGUGAAACUGCAAUGGGAAAGAAAAUUUAUGCUCAGAGUAAUUCUGAUUCUGAGUAUGUUAAGAGCGUGUACAAAAUGAGUGACAUUAUCAGCAGCAGACAGAGGAAACCUUGGUUUUGGCCUGACUUUGUGUACUACUGGUUUGGUGAGGGCCGAGAACAGGACAAGACACUCAAAAUCCUACAUUCCUUUACGUACAAGGUGAUACAGGAAAGAGCAGAGAACAUUUCCUGUAGUGAAUCGGACAGCGACUCUGACCGGGGGACAAAGAAAAGACGAGCGUUUCUGGACAUGCUGUUGAAGACCACAGAUAUGGAUGGAAACAAGAUGACCCACCAGGACAUUCAGGAGGAAGUGGACACCUUUAUGUUCAGGGGACAUGACACUACAGCAGCUGCUAUGAACUGGGUCCUGCAUUUGCUGGGCUCCCAUCCUGAGGCACACAGCAAAGUUCAACAAGAGCUUCAGGAGGUGUUUGGUACAUCUGACCGGCCCAUUAACACAGAGGACCUGAAGAAGCUCAAAUACCUUGAGUGUGUGAUCAAAGAGGCCCUGCGGCUGUUUCCCUCGGUGCCUAUGUUUGCCCGCACCCUCGGUGAAGACUGCUAUAUCAAUGGUUUUAAAGUGCCCAAAGGUGCUAAUGCCAUCGUCCUCACCUACACUCUCCACCGUGACCCACGAUACUUCCCUGAGCCCGAGGAGUUCAGGCCUGAGCGCUUUCUGCCAGAAAAUUCAGUGGGAAGGCCUCCAUACGCGUACGUUCCCUUCUCUGCUGGACUCCGCAACUGUAUCGGUCAGCGUUUUGCACUGAUGGAAGAAAAGGUGGUCUUGGCUUACGUUCUGCGUAACUUCAACGUUGAAGCUUGUCAGAAACGGGAGGAGCUGCGGCCCGUGGGAGAGCUCAUCCUGCGACCAGAGAAGGGCAUCUGGAUCAAACUGGAAAAGAGGAAACCACAGGCUUCAUCAAACUAGCACCUGCUCCGGCUGACAGGAGCUAUUGGUCCAUUGGUCCAAAACAUGGUCCAUUCAGCGACCUUACAUUCUGCCCAGCUCUAAUGAACUCUGUCAUGUUUUCUAAAUACCCUUUAAGAGGUCAGGGAGAGUAGUGACCUUGUUGUUUAGAUUGUGGAAUUUUCUCAUCAUUAUAGACAUUAUAAUUACAAAAGUAAUCCUUGUAAAAAUAAGUUUUCAUCUUUUUUUGACAUUGUUAGUUUUAGUCGAAAAGCUACUUGAUGCUAUUCUGGCUCUGUGUAUCAACAAUCCUCUACUAAUUUUGAUCCUCGAGAAUGUUUUAAUACCAAAUAACUGUUCAAAUGUGUUACAUGGUUCUUAAUUUGUGUAUUAAAAUUAUAUUAACAGCUAA